AUGAUGAGAACCGGUAAGCGUAGUCUACAGGCUGCUCUACAAAAACUUUUCGAUGGACUCUGUUAUCAUACCUUUGAUUCGAUGCUGCGUACGCCACAGGAUCUCAAAUUUUGGGUACAAAGCCUUGAGGACAUGGAGCGUGGUGUUUCGCAGACUGAUUCAGCCUACUGGGAUCGCCUGCUGCAUGGUUAUAGUGGAACAACGGAUUUUCUCGGAUCUGUCCUCUUUAAGGAGUUAAUGCAAGCUUACCCCAAGGCUAAGCCUACUAUUAAAUACGUCAUGUACCUUGCCCUGAUAUUGGACCAGGAUCCCACAAGGUGUCUUCCAAAUAGCCUUGGCCGUGUCUUUUUCGAUGGCGUUGCGAAUGCGAGUCAUCCAUCCAGGGAUAUACUCGUCGCAAAGGUAUCCUGGACAUUGAGUAGCGGACCCCGAAGUGCUUGA